UUGAGAUGGAAGCAUGGGCGGGCCUCUAACCUCUUACUGCUUCCGGGAGGAGCGGCGCACGUGCUUCCUGGGAAACGUUUGCUUAGUUCGCACUGAGGAGCAGAGUUGUGUUCAUGGAAACAUCAGAGCCCACUGUGCUCAGCCCUGGAGGGGAGAAGAGGGCCUGCCCAGAGGAGGAGCUUGCCCAUCCCAUCAAGAGGCCCCGUAUCCAGGGAAAGGAGGGAAAAAAUGGAGGGAGUGGCUCACAGCUUUCCUUGGACUUGGAGGAGAAUGAUAGGGAGGAAGAUGAGGAAAAGGAGUUGGUGGAAGGAGUGGAAGAGGAGGAGGGAGAUGGGGAGACAUUUGCUGACAUGAUGAAGCACGGCCUGACAGAACAGGAUGUGGGAAUCUUAAAAUUUGUCAGUGACCACGAAGGCUUCUCUGGGAUCCUGAAGGAGAGGUACUCUGACUUCGUCGUGCAUGAGAUUAACAAAGAUGGGAAGGUUGUAUGGCUUAACGACCUGACGAUUCCAGCUGAGGAGCAGGAGGUGCCCCAAACAGAAUCAGAAGAGGUCCAGGUGCUUACAGAAGAACAGAAGAAACAGCUGGAGGAGCUUCAGCUUUUCAAGAACAAAGAGGCCAGUAUGCUGAUAGAGGUGAUGGAGGACACGAAAGAGAGGCGUACUCAGCUCCACAAAGCGGUGAAAACCAUGUUCCCAGGCCUGGAGACCAAGACAGAGGAGAGAGACGGGCGCAAGUUCAUUGUCGCUUAUCACGCCGCGGGAAAGACAGCCCUUGCAGCGGUCAGAACCGCGGCAGCCCCUAGGAAACACUCAUGGCCCAAGAGCCGGGGCAGCUUCUGUCACUGUGUGCUGUACAAGGAGAACAAGGACACCAUGGAUGCCAUCAACGUGCUCUCAAAGUUCCUCAGAGUUAGACCAAAUGUGUUCUCCUACAUGGGCACCAAGGAUAAGAGAGCCAUAACUGUUCAGGAGAUUGCCGUUCUCAGGAUCAGUGCUGAACGGAUCGCCCACCUCAACAAGUGCCUGAUUAACUUCAAGCUGGGCAAUUUCUCCUACAAGAAGCACCCUCUGAAACUGGGGGAGCUGCAGGGCAACCACUUCACUGUGGUGAUCAGGAACAUCUCAGGGACAGAUGAGCAGGUGCUACAAGCCAUGACCUCCCUCAGGGAUACUGGCUUCAUUAACUACUAUGGCAUGCAGCGUUUUGGCACCACCGCUGUCCCCACCUACCAGGUGGGCAGGGCCAUCUUGCAGAACAACUGGACAGAAGUGAUGGAUCUGAUCCUGAAGCCACGUCCUGGAGCGGAAAAGGGCUACCUGGUGCGCUGCCGGGAGGAAUGGGCGAGGUCGCAGGACCCGGAGGAGGCGCUGAAGAAGCUGCCUGUGAAGCGCUGCGUGGAGGGCCAGCUGCUGCGGGGCUUGGCCAAGUAUGGCAAGAAGAACAUUGUCACGGCCUUUGGACUGAUCCCUCGCAACAACCGGCUGAUGUACAUCCACAGCUACCAGAGCUAUGUGUGGAACACCAUGGUGAGCCGGCGUGUGCAGGACUUUGGCCUGAAGGCUGUGAAGGGAGAUCUGAUGCUCAGAGGAGGGACAGCACAUGUCCUAUCUGAAGAAGAGGCUGUGAAACACACCAUCCACGACGUGGUGAUGCCCCUGCCUGGGUUUGAUGUCAUUUACCCCACACACCAUAUUGGUCAGGCCUACAAAGACAUGCUGGCCUCUAAUGACCUGGACAUCAACAACAUGAGGCACAAGAUCCGAGAUUACUCACUAGCAGGGGCCUACCGACGCAUCCUUAUUCGACCCCGGGAUGUCAGCUGGGAGGUGAUUCAUUACGACGACCCCAGAAUCCCAUUGGUGCACACAGAUGUGGAGAAGUUGGAGGGCAAACCUCCCCCUGUGUUCCCCAAAGAGGGGAAGUACAGGGCCCUCCGUAUGGAGUUCUCCCUUCCGUCCUCAACCUACGCCACCAUGGCCAUCAGGGAGGUGCUGAAGAUGGACACGAGUAUCAAAAACCAGACGCAGCUCAACACCACCUGGCUGAACUGAGACUGCACAGCUGCAGGGGCAUAUACUGAGGGCUCUGGACUGUGUGUGCUGUUGUACAGGGGUGUGUGUGCUGUUGUACAGGGGUGUGUGUGCUGUUGUACCGGGGUGUGUGUGCUGGCCCCAGGGGAAUCUCAUAAGGGGAACAGCCUGCUCGUGUUCAAACAGACCUUUUGCAGUUUUUUAAGUUUCAUUUAAUUGUUUUUUAAAGCUUCAGAAUUUAAUUCCAAGAUGAAUAGCUUCAGUAACUAGGGUAUUAAGUGAGUCUGAGGUCAUUGUCCUCACCCUUGGUGCUCUGAAUAUUCUCUUGCAGAUGAAGGCUCAAGAUGCUCCAAUGGUCCCCAGUAUCUUUAACUUUUGUUGGCCAGGUUAUUAAAUUACUAAGGAGCACACUAUUAACCCUGCCCUUAAUAUGACCUGUAUGGCUUUGUUCCCCUAAAGUGACCUUUCUUAAAUAAAACUGCCAUAUCACUGUA